CCUCAACCACCUUCCGGCAUAAUGCAAGCUAUUUCCAGACUACUCGUCAGUCCUUGAUGGAUGCAGGCCGUUGAUUUACAACAUCCACAUUAUCUCCUGCUCCUUUAUAGCACCCAUCCCCACUCCCCUCCACCAUGUCCCUCACACUCAAGCUCUCAUCUCUAGUCAUCCGCACCUUGUCAAAGCCGAUCGCCAACCAACUCAAGGCCCAGGCUCGCGAACAUGAACGCUUCCGGCACAUCUGCGUCUCCAUGGCGCAGGGCCUUCACCGGAUCGACAUGCGCCUCCGACUAGGCAACAUCCGCGACAACGCCGCAUCGCAAAAACGCGCCGCUGCCGAAGCAGAACUCCGAAAACACAAACCGACCUCCCCGACCGCGAAGACUGCCGCCGAGGCGAAAGCGGAAGAGGAAGCCAUAGCGAAAGCCAAAGCAGCAGCCGAGGAGGCCGCGAAGCCGGCGCCGAAACCUCACAUUCGACCAUUGUCCGAGUCCAAGGCAAUUGAGUCGGGUGCCACAUUCAUCAGUGAGACCUUUCUGUUCCUGGUGGCGGGCGGUUUGAUCGUGUUCGAGUCAUGGCGAUCGCGGAGGAAAGAAACAACCCGCAGGGAGGACGUGGAGACUCGGCUGGCCGAACUAGAGCAGUCUGAGAAGGCUGCCCGGCAGGCCCUACUGGCUUUGGAGAAGGAGCUGCUCCAACAUAAGGCCAAGCACGGCGAACUCCCGAGGUCCUCUGCACGGAUUCUGCCGCGCGAGGUGUGGGACGUUGAGCAGGAAGAGGAAGUGAAAACACCAGAGGAGCCGAGCUUGUUCUCCUGGAUCACAUCAUAUUUGCCCUUUGUUGAGAGUGCUGAGCAACGGGCGGAGUCGGUGAUCAAGGAAAGCAAGAGCGCGGCGAAGCCGCCCGUCGAUGCUCAAGCAUUUAUGCCGGCGCCCAAGCCAGUCGAACCUGAGCAAAAGGUUCCAGAGCCAAAGAAGGCCUAAUCCAUACCGGCCAUGAAAUUCGAUGUUACUGUACAUAUCGUUAUAGAAUCAGUGGGGCGCUACAUUGUCUACGAGUUUGCGAAUCAUCUUGGGAUACCCUUAUAUAUCACAGAACAGGAAGGAAGGCAGCUUGCGGGGUUGGUGUCGGGAGCAUCGAGUGGAGACGGCUCAUAGACUCAAUCAACUCUUCUCUUCAUAGACAAUCAAAGCUUUCCAUCUCGUAUAUCGGCG